AAAACCCGGUGCCGGAAACCACGACGUUUUCCCUCUUCGUCUUCCAAUACGGGCGCAGUUUAUUUAGCUUGAAGCCUUGCUUCCUAAUCCUCCAUCAGUUGAUUUUCUUUUUAUUGAGCCAAAAAAAUUGUUAGAAUUGCAUUCCCUUCAGUUUGAAUUCGAGGCCGAAGCGGGAAACCGACCAUAGGAGAUACGACGCCGACAAGCGUCUCCCAUUAUUCGCUUCUUAUAAUCCCGGUGUUCCCCAAAAUCUCUUCCGUUCGUUUAUCUCGUAACGAAGGGCAAGAACCGAGCGACCGAGCGACCGAGCGAGCGGAGAUGGCGGAGGAGGAGAGGAAGCCCCUCAGCCUCAAUGAGCGCCACCAGCGCCUCCUUCAGAAGCUCUCUCAAUCUCAAUCCCGUCCACCCCAUCGCCCAGAGGCGAGGGUCCGUAAGGUCAAGAUGGAGGGCCGGCGCCGCCUCUGCAAGCUCUCCUCGGAGACCCCCGACGAGACCCCGGACGAGAACUUGUUCGAUUCGCCUCCCAGAGUGAUGGACGCCGGCGCCGGCGGCGGGGGCGGUGAGGAGAGUAUCAGGGACAUUCUGGACGAUCUCACCUCACGUAUGGAUGCCCUCUCUGUCGAGAAGCCGAGGUCCAAGCCCGUGUCCUGUGUUCCAGAGCCUGAGGUGGAGUACGAGAGCGCCGCCUCCUCCCUAUCUCCCUCUUCUAUCAAAUCUAGCCCUGGAAAGGACGAAGAAGGAGAAACCAAGAAAAAGGAGGCGGUGGUCAAGGGGAAAGCCGUGGGACGAUCUUGUGCUUUCGAGGAUGAGGAGGAGGAAGAGGUUUGUGUGAUUUCAGAAACUGGUGGGAGGAGAGAAUCGAGUGAGGGAGAAGGCGAAGAUGGAUUGGUUGAGGUCCUUGAUGAUGAGUCAGUGGGGGUUUUGAGUGAUGAUGAUGAGGGGGAUUGCUUCACGAUGGCUGGCACUGGCAGCAGCAAGUCGAGGAUGUAUAAAGUGCCUCAAAGAAUUGCAAAGAUGUUGUACCCUCAUCAGCGAGAUGGGUUGAAAUGGCUGUGGACACUUCAUUGCACUGGGAGUGGAGGGAUUUUGGGUGAUGACAUGGGGUUGGGGAAGACUAUGCAGGUUGCUGCUUUCUUGUCUGGUCUUUUUCAUUCUCAUUUGAUUAAGAGGGCAUUGAUUGUGGCCCCAAAGACACUUCUUGGUCAUUGGAUGAAAGAGAUGUCAGUCGUGGGGCUCGGUGAGAAGAUUAGAGAUUACUCUGGAGCUAAUGCAAAACUUCGCCAAUAUGAACUUCAAUAUGUACUCAAGGAAGGUGGUGUUCUUCUCACAACAUAUGACAUUGUGCGAAACAACUCAAAAUCUAUACAGGGUGAUUGGUAUGCUAAUGGAGAUGGAAGCGAGGAAGAAGUCUUAUGGCAUUACACCGUGCUUGAUGAGGGGCAUAUCAUAAAGAAUCCCAAAACGCAAAGGGCCCAAAGUUUAUUUGAGAUACCAAGUGCUCAUCGCAUUAUUAUUAGCGGAACACCAAUACAAAACAACUUGAAGGAACUAUGGGCUUUGUUCAACUUCUGCUGCCCAGAAAUCUUGGGUGAUAAGGAUGAGUUUAAAAUAAAAUAUGAAAAUGCAAUCCUUCGUGGAAAUGACAAAAAUGCUUCUGACCGGGAAAAACAUAUUGGUUCCACAGUUGCAAAGGAGUUAAGAGAGCGUAUAAAGCCAUAUUUUUUGCGGCGGUUAAAGAAUGAAGUAUUUCUUGAAGAUGAUGGGACUAAAAAUGUAAAAUUUUCUAAGAAGAAUGAGAUAAUUAUUUGGCUAAAACUAACAUCUUGUCAGAGGCAAUUAUAUGAAGCUUUUUUAAAUAGCGACCUUGUUCAUUCAUCAAUCAAGGGCUCGCCGUUAGCUGCAUUAACGAUAUUAAAGAAAAUAUGUGACCACCCAUUGCUUUUGACUAAAAAAGCUGCAGAAGGCAUACUUGAAGGGAUGGAUUCAAUGUUGAACCGCGAAGAGCUCAGCAUGGUUGAAGAGAUGGCUAUGAAUUUAGCAAAUAUGACUGAUCAUGAUGAUGCUCCACAAGUUGAUCUCAACGUGUCAUGCAAGAUAUCUUUUAUAUUGUCCUUACUGGAAAACUUGAUUCAAGGGGGACAUGUCGUGCUGAUAUUUUCUCAGACUCGUAAAAUGCUAAAUCUUGUUCAGGAAGCACUGAUAUCAGAGGGAUAUAAGUUCUUACGCAUUGAUGGUACUACCAAAGUUUCUGACAGAGAAAAGAUUGUGAAGGAUUUUCAAGAAGGUGCUGGUGCUCCUAUCUUCUUGUUGACCUCACAAGUUGGUGGGCUUGGUUUGACACUUACAAAAGCAGAUCGUGUUAUUGUGGUUGAUCCAGCAUGGAACCCAAGUACGGACAACCAGAGUGUAGACCGUGCUUAUCGAAUUGGGCAAACUAAGGAUGUCCUUGUAUAUCGAAUGAUGACUUGUGGGACCGUUGAAGAAAAGAUUUACAAAAUGCAGGUUUUCAAGGGGGGUUUAUUUAGAACUGCCACGGAAAACAAAGAACAAACUCGUUACUUCAGCCAGAAGGACAUUCAAGAGCUUUUUAGUCUGCCUGAACAAGGGUUUGAUGUUUCACUAACUCAGCAACAAUUGCAUGAGGAGCAUGAUCAGCAGCAAACAAUGGAUGACUCUUUGCUGAACCAUAUAAAGUUUCUAGAGAGUCAAGGUAUUGCUGGUGUUAGUCAUCAUAGUUUGCUCUUCUCUAAGACUGCUGUUGUACCACUUGUGCAGGAGAGUAAUGAAGUCCAGAGUAAGAUGGGAAACAGAAUUGUUAGAAGUUCAAAAUCAGGGUCAUCAUUUGAACGUGCAGUGAACGGGGCAGCUUAUGCACUCAACCCAAAAGAUCAGAAGUUCACUUCUAGAACAUAUACUCCCAGGACUUCACCAAAUGAAGCAAAAGACAGUCCUGAGAACAUUGAUGAGAGAAUCAAACGUUUAUCUAAAACUUUGGCAGACAAGGCCCUGGUUUCAAAACUUCCAGAUCGUGGAGAUAGGAUACGCAAACAGAUAGCUGAAUUGAAUCAACAGAUCUGUACUAUUAGAGAAUCGCCACUUGACAACUCAAUAGAAAGGAAGGAACCAGAAGUAAUUAAUGUAGAUGAUCUUAGUGAGGGGAUGCAAAGGAUCUUAUCUGUUUAAGUGUUACUGACAUGAUUUUACAUAUUCAAGUUAUUUGAGUAAUGACUCUUUUGAUCAAUUGAUGUCCACCCAUGUAAAGUGAUGUAUUGCUUCACUUAAUCAUUGAAUUGUUUUGGUUGUCCAAAAUUUAGUGAUAAUCUGGCACCUCAUGAACGUUGGGGAUAGUUUCA